CGAUUGUGGCCGCCGAUGUAUCUGGAACUUAGGUUUGAGCUCUGUAGAAGGUCCUACCCGAGCUACGGCGCUCACCUUGCUUCUUCCUGGCGCGCGUCUUGAUCCCCAUUCUUUCCCUCGCCAACCAACUGUGAGGCUAGGAUAAACUCCCCCUCGGAUUCAUCUCUCACCUGGGCAAUCGCCAACUAAUUUUCCUUUCUACACCGCGAUCUUGACACUAUCUCGUGCCAGUGAUUGGCCUCUGUGGUAGUCAGUCAUUUAUCUUGCCCGAUAGAGGUUUUGUUUGUAGCUUCUUUCACCCGACAACCGAGCCCAAUAAUAAUAAUUCGAAUCUGGAUCCCUGUUGUGACGUCCGACAAGUGGAUGACCUUUCGUCAACAACCGAGCCUUGACCGAUACUGCAUCAAAAUCGAGACCGACUUUCAUUCACCGUCGUUCAACAUACUUCUUUCAUCAAGCCUUUUGUGCUAUUGUUUGUCAUGGGUAUCUGCAGCUCCUCGUGCUGCGGAGGUCGAGCCCGCGAUGGCUUGUAUGAACCCGUCCUCGCCGAUAGCGAACGAGAGGCUGUAGCCGACCUUCUCCAGUAUCUCGAAAAUCGCGGCGAGACCGACUUUUUCUCUGGCGAACCUCUGCGUGCUCUGAGCACCUUGGUCUUUUCGGAAAACAUUGAUCUUCAACGAAGUGCUAGUUUGACUUUUGCUGAGAUUACUGAACGAGAUGUCCGAGAGGUUGACCGCGACACCCUUGAACCUAUUCUAUUCCUUCUCCAGAGCCCCGAUAUCGAAGUUCAGCGAGCUGCCAGUGCUGCACUCGGUAACCUGGCCGUUGACACCGAGAACAAGGUUCUCAUUGUGCAACUUGGCGGUCUAACACCUUUAAUCCGCCAGAUGAUGUCCCCCAAUGUUGAAGUCCAGUGCAAUGCUGUGGGAUGUAUCACGAACUUGGCUACACAUGAGGAGAACAAAGCAAAGAUUGCUCGCUCCGGAGCUCUGGGUCCUCUGACAAGAUUGGCCAAAUCUCGGGAUAUGCGGGUUCAGCGGAAUGCUACUGGCGCUCUGCUGAACAUGACACAUUCUGAUGAGAACCGACAACAACUGGUAAAUGCUGGAGCGAUUCCCGUGCUUGUUCAGCUUCUUUCUUCUCCCGAUGUCGACGUUCAAUACUACUGCACCACAGCUCUCAGCAAUAUCGCUGUCGACGCGAGUAACCGACGAAAGCUGGCUCAAAGUGAACCCAAAUUGGUCCAAUCUCUUGUCAACCUCAUGGACUCGACUUCACCCAAGGUUCAAUGCCAAGCUGCCCUGGCUCUGCGCAACCUCGCUUCCGACGAAAAGUAUCAGCUUGAUAUCGUUCGUGCCAAUGGACUUCACCCUCUUCUCCGACUCCUCCAAUCUUCUUAUCUACCGCUUAUCCUUUCUGCUGUCGCCUGUAUACGAAACAUCUCUAUCCACCCUCUUAACGAGUCACCAAUUAUCGAAACCAACUUCCUCAAGCCACUCGUCGACCUACUUGGAUCUACCGACAAUGAAGAGAUUCAGUGCCAUGCCAUCUCGACCCUUCGAAAUCUUGCCGCCAGUUCCGAUCGAAACAAAGCUCUUGUCCUGGAUGCCGGUGCCGUGCAAAAGUGCAAGCAAUUGGUUCUCGAUGUACCCAUCACUGUUCAGUCCGAGAUGACCGCUGCUAUUGCCGUUCUGGCCUUGAGUGACGAUCUCAAGUCUCAUCUCUUGAAUCUCGGAGUCUGUGGUGUUCUCAUUCCUCUCACCCAUUCGCCAAGCAUUGAAGUCCAAGGCAACAGUGCUGCUGCCCUGGGCAACCUUUCUUCUAAAGUUGGUGACUACUCAAUCUUUGUACAAAACUGGACCGAACCUCAAGGUGGAAUUCACGGAUACCUCUGCCGAUUCCUGCAGUCUGGUGAUGCUACCUUCCAGCACAUCGCCGUCUGGACCCUUCUCCAGCUCUUCGAGUCCGAAGACAAGACCCUUAUUGGCCUCAUUGGAAAGGCGGAGGACAUCAUCGAGCACAUCCGAAGCAUUGCAAAUCGACAAAUUGAAGCCGACAAUGAAUUCGAGGAUGAGGAUGAGGGUGAAGUUGUCAACCUAGCUCAACGUUGCCUGGAACUACUGGGACAGAGCAUGUCCAAGGCUCACAUCGAGGGCUAACUGUAUUCGUGGCUAUUCAUCUCAAAAGCGGAAGCGUAUGGGGUGUUGGGUGAUAUGGUGUUUGGCGUCAUGUAACAUUCUAAGAAUGAUGUUUGGUUUUCGGGGGGUUCUCUUUAUACGGAUUGCAUCGCCUGUCAUGGGCUUUCAAGAAUUGUUCUUAUAACAAUGGUGUUUGACGGUGUACGAGAGGGCUAGUGCUGCAUUGAAGGACGGUAUUCUUUCUCUUUGUUUGAUGAUUCAUGUGGCAGAUAUCGCUAGAUCACUUACUGGGCAGUUGAUUUGGGGAGAGCAGAUGUAAUUAGACGAGAGGUGCAAGUUUCUAUACCCAGAUAAGAGAUGAUACAUAUUUACAUUAGACUGCUCGUGAUUAGUCUAGCUCUUCAACCUUUUGUAGUCCAUUUUUCAUCCAUUGACGUUCGUUCCAUGGUAAUAUUUUGGCUAUUGUAGUGCCAGAGAUGAGAGCUAGUGGUAGUGGGCC